AUUCGACUUUACGUCGACUGCUACUUCUUCGGCGAAGCCAUAUUGGUCUCCCGUGAGUCUUUUGGAGCAUUGUUGGAUUGGGUCACGCGAAAAUGUCACGCCGAGCUCUUACUGCUAUAAAUUGGGCCGCUCUAGCUGAGAGGGUGCCUGAAGCUGAAAAGCCUGCCCUGGCCGCUUUCAGAGCCAAAUCUGAUCAAUAUCUUCGCCGUGUUCAAGAAAACCCACCUGAAGCACCAAAAAUCGACUGGUCUUUUUACCAAAAGAACAUCCCUAUCGCUGGAAUGGUUGAGAAGUUCAGAAAGGAAUAUGAAUCAUUGUCAAUUCCGUAUCCUGCAGAUAAUUAUACCAAACUGGUUGAUGCAGAGGCUGUUGAAGUUGAAGGAAAUAUUAAACAGUUCGUCCAGGAAUCGAAUCAACGUAUUGAAGAAUACAACACACAAAUUUCCCAUCUGAAAUCUCUGAUUCCGUUCGGUCAAAUGACAAUGGAAGAUUUCAAGGACGCGUAUCCUGAACAGGCUUUGGACCCCAUUAACAAUCCAACAUUCUGGCCUCAUGAUCCAGACUCUCAGCUUUCAGCAAUUGAAAAUAUGCCUGAUGAUGAACAUUAAUCAAACUAUCCACUGCGCCUGUUGUAGUCCGUUGUUACUCUAACUGUAAAGCAUCAUUGGCAAAUAUGGAUCGUCUCGGAAUGUGCGAUGUAAUUAGUAUCUUGUAUCUACUGACACAAUCUCCAUUUUUAUUAUGAGAGAGUGAAUUACUUCGUCGUCUGAACGUCUACUCGGGCCUUCUGUAUCUAGAUCACUACUGUUCAUUAAAUGAGUAUAAUUUUAAAGUCA